ACUGCAGCAUCUAGUCUGUUUAAUCCAAAGAAGAAGAAGAAGAAGGAGCUGACUUUGUGAUUUGUAAUGGCAGGUUGUUAAACAUUACACCUAACAACAGGCGAAACCAUGUAGUGUUUAAUAAUUAAUCUCGGACUUACUUUUCGAAGUAAUAUAUUUUAUGAGAUUAAACACUUGCCUGUGUGAAAGUGAAGCGCCAAAGGAGUAAAAAAAAGCGCACUACUAGGCUAUUUGUGGUGGGGGUCUGUACUGACUGCACGGUGACUCCUCAGGAAAGUACGUUAGAGUGUAUUUUAAGUUGCGAGUUUAUUUAAUUGAUCAAUUGAUCAAAACUAUGUUUACUCCCGCGAUGUUCGGGACGUUAAAUAGUAAACUGCGACCUGCUUAUAAACAGACUCAGCUACUGUGUAGCCUCAGAAACACACAGAUACCAUGGAGACACAAGACGCAGACCCGAGCCUGCUCUGCCCCUGCAGCGAAUUUCCACUUACUUGAUGACUGUCUUGUGCUCAACUAUGGAGGCACCCCUAUGCAUUUUAACUACGUGUGGCUUCGGGAUCACUGUCGCUCUGCCUCUUCAUACAACGCCAAGACUAACCAGAGAAACCUGGACACUGGAGGUAUAGACCUCAACAUUCGCCCUGAUAAUACAAGAGUGGAGGAUGGUCAUCUCGUCCUCACGUGGCCUGGUGGUCAUGUAUCAAAGUACAGCCUGGGCUGGCUAGCUGAGAACAGCUAUGAAAGACAGAAGCAGAUGACCGUACAGCCACGCGUCCUUUGGAAUUCAGACAUCUAUACAAAAGCAAACAUAUCUUCUGCCAAAUGGGACAAGUUUAUGAGCUGUGAUGAUGAACUAAAGAAGUUUCUUCAGAACUAUCUUCUGUAUGGGAUCGCAUUUGUCGAUGAUGUCCCAGCUACAGUUGAGGCCACAGAGGCAGUUACCCAGAGAGUCAGUCUUAUCAGAGAGACUACAUAUGGGCGAAUGUGGUCCUUCACUUCAGAUUUUUCCAGAGGAGACACUGCCUACAGCCAGCUGGCCCUAGACCGUCACACUGACACCUCAUACUUUCAGGAACCAUGUGGAAUUCAGGUUUUCCAUUGCCUCAAGCAUGAGGGAACUGGAGGAAGGACACUACUUGUGGAUGGAUUCUAUGCUGCUGAAAAAUUACGGCAGAAGUCACCUGAAAAUUUCGAGCUGCUUGCCCGUACACCCAUCAGACACGAGUACAUUGAAAACACUGACAACCACCGAAACCACAUGACAGGCAUCGGCCCUCUGGUUAAUGUCUAUCCUUGGAACAAUGAAGUUUACAUGAUCCGAUACAACAACUAUGACAGAUCAGUGAUUAACACAAUCCCCCAUGAUGCUGUUCAGCGCUGGUAUGUGGCACAUCGAGAGUUGACCACAGAACUAAGGCGUCCAGAGAACGAGCUGUGGGUGAAACUGACUCCAGGGAAAGUGAUUUUCAUUGACAACUGGCGUGUCAUGCAUGGGAGGGAGUCUUUCACUGGUCUGAGGCAACUCUGCGGAUGCUAUCUGACCAGAGACGACAUCCUCAGCACUGCACGCUGCUUCGAUCUGCAGGCAUGACCCUGGACAAGAAGGUCCCUUCACUUCUGUGCCUUAUCAGUUGGCCUGUAAUGUACAGCAGGUUUAAAUCUCAGAUGCUGAAAAUUCUCUUGAUUCAAGACAAUCAACCAGUCCCACUCAUGGUGCAUAUUGUACCCCACCUAUCCCUGUGCAUUCUUUUGUAAUUGAUGUUUGUUCCCAAACAGCUUGCAAUUGUUGAGCUCAUACAAUCAUAUGAUCAAAUGAAAUGAUGUAAUGGAGAAUUGAGCAAAAUGCAUUAAGAAGUCAGUGAGUUACAGUCAUGUUUACUGCACAGUGUUGUGUUUGGCAAACAAGUAUAGUAUUGGAUGUUGAGUUAAAAUACUGAACAUGUAGGUCUUCAUGACAAAAAGCUGUGGAGCAAUAAAAAAAACAACUCCAUUGUGAGAAUCCAAAGUUCAAGAGUUCAAGUGACACCAGCAUUAUUGUAUUCUACAGUAGUGAGGUGUGUGUGCGCACACGUGAUGGUUUUUAGAAUCACUGUCAAAUACCCAUCUACAGAUAUGAUGAAGUCAGAAAUAAUAAUUCAAAAUUGUCAGAAUACUGACGGCCAGUAUGCAAAGGAACAAAUGAGCCACUUUGUUACAUAAAAUGUACAUAGUUGCACACAAUUUAUGAGUAAUUACUUUUGACUAAUAUUUAUUGUUAUUUACUUAUUAUUUGAGAUGUAUACCUUAUCAUAAUUGCAGUUUUAAUUGAAUUUCUGUAUGUUUCCACCUCCUAACAGUAAAACCAUCAUUUGAAGCCUGA